AUGAAGAAGUUUGGCUUCGGAAAGAAGAGUGGUGAUGGAGGAGACGACGAUUCCAACCGAUCCGCGCUCUUUGGCGGUCGAUCAAAGAACUCGUCCCCAGCCCCUGCCGCCUCGAACCCUUAUGCCCAGCCAGCACAGGCUGCCGAUCCCUACGCGCAGGACAACAACAAGUACGCCAACAUGGGACCAGCUGCCCCUUCUGGUGGCUCGCCCUAUGGACAAGCAGGGCAUAACUACGGCCUGCCAAACGGACCAGGUGGCCGGGGCGCUGUAGGGACAGCGAACCAGCCUGGAUAUGGGGCCGAAAAGUAUGGCAGCGGUGGUGGCUAUGGCUCCAAUCGAUAUGAUGGAUCUGGGGCAGGCGGAGACACUGGAUCUAUGCGCCCAGGUGGCUAUGGAGGACUAGGAAGAAUGAACAGCAAUGACACUACGACGACAGAGGACAACCGAAACGCGCUUUUCGGUGGCGCUAAGGAUCGAUACGCUGAGAGGGGUGCCCUUCCUCCGAACACUGGGCGACCUGGGGCCGCGUACAAGUCUGAACCUGGAGCUCCUGGCCAAGGAGGAGGCUAUGGGGCAUACGGAGAAGAGAGGCAGCUCACGGCUGAAGAGGAAGAAGAAGAGGAUGUUGCGGCUACCAAGCAGCAGAUCCGCUUCAUGAAGCAAGAGGACGUUUCGUCUACCCGCAAUGCUCUGCGUAUUGCCGCCCAGGCAGAAGAGGUCGGUAGAGCUACACUUGCCAGACUUGGUGCCCAAGGAGAACGCAUCCAUAAUACCGAGAAGAAUCUGGACUUGGCUGCAAACCAUAACCGAGUCGCCGAAGAAAAGUCCAAGGAACUUAAGACUCUGAACAAGAGCAUGUUCGCAGUCCAUGUCUCCAACCCAUUCACUGCAUCUUCUCGCCGUGCUGCACGCGAUCAGGAUAUCAUUGAAAAGCAUCGCCAAGAGCGUGAAGAGCGUGACACGACCAGAGCGGCUGCCUUUGGAACACAACAGCGAAUGGAACGAGCAUUCAAGGAACUGCAACCUGGAGACGUGGGCUAUCGCGCUCCCCAGACCAAGGCCAGUCUCGCCGAAAGAUCCAAGUACCAAUUUGAAGCCGACUCGGAAGACGAGGAAAUGGAAAAUGAAAUCGACAGUAACUUGGAUGCCUUGGGACAUGCUGCUGGGAGAUUGAAUGCCCUGGCACGUGCUACAGGGAAGGAAGUGGAUGAGCAGAACAAGCACAUUGAUAUUAUUAUUAAGAAGAGCGACCGCGUGGACGACCAAAUCGCCAUGAACAGAGCCAGGUUGGACCGUAUUCAUUGA